ACUGUUUGAAUCGAAUCAGAACACUAGACUAUACACACUUACCUAACAUAAAGACAGAGUCACACCAAUCAAUUGACAAGGUAAAAAAUUAUGUAUUUCGAUUUUAGCAAACGUCUCCCACGAACCAAACGUACGUGAUCCUAAGCUGCGAGAUGCGCUGAUGAAAAUAAGAUUUUUGACACUCACUCCUCAAGAGUUUGCUGAAGGCCCGGCUGCCUCAAACUUGCUGACCGAAUCGGAGAAGUUUGCUAUUCUUAUGAAUAUAUCUUCACCAACUACUACAGUACCCAUGCCACCUGGAUUUUCGACUUGUCGAGUUCAGAGAUUACACAGCAGGAAUCCUCGUCAGUAUGAAACACUUUUUGCGGGUUCAUCUUCAAUGGAUACAUCUCGUACAUCAAUGAUAAAAUUUUACAAUCAAAGGGGAAAUGUAUCAGACUUUACAGAAGAGGGCGGUAGUGAGUUGGCAAAAAAGUUAUACUGUACACGCGUUCCGCUUUGCUUAACUGACUGUAUGAACACUAGCGUAUUGGAUUGUGCUGUGACAUUUACUUGCGAUCGAAAUGUUUGUAUCUUCGGUAUCCAAGUUCCAGCACAAGACUCUAUCGACGAUGAUCGACAACAUAAUAUUUCAUACACCGAAUUAUUGUAUGCACACCUACUUGAUGCUGAUGGUAGUCGCCUAACUUACACACACUUCACCAGCCGUGUUUCAUGCAGAUCUCUAAUUGAUAUUUCGUUCAAUCGACCAAUAUACAUUCAGAGAAAUAAGGUGUACAAGGUAGGUGUUGUAUUGCACAAAACAGGACUUUAUCCUGUUGGUUCAUACCCUAAUCAAUCAAUGUGCAAUGGAGUUGUCUUCACCUUUGGUCAAGGUCAAACUGGUGAUUCAGUGAGGGAUGGAUUAAUUCGUUCUAUCAUUUUUUCUAUGCCGGUGAAUCAGAGUACCAGCAGCAGUCAUACAUCGUACGGAAUUUCAGGAGGACCUUCCGAGCAUAACAAAUUCCCUUAAUUACGAUGAUAAUAUUUUAUUUAUAGGAAUAAUGUGUUAGACUUUCACGGACAGGGUCUACACUGAUGUUUUCUUUCAAGCUCUGGUCUUAAGCGAGGAGAAAUUCAUUAAUAGGAUUAAUGUUUAUUCAUAUGUAUUACAAUUUAUUUUUAAUUGUCUGUGUAUUUAUGAAAUACAACUCAUUUUAAAAAAA